CUGGGGGAGCACACUGACAGCUAGCCCUCUACUGGGGGAGCACACUGACAGCUAGCCCUCUCCUUUACAUGAUGGAGAUACAUUAUCACUGCAGAACUUUAAAUAUGGACAUGAACUUCUGUGAAUGAUUCUGCUGCCAGGGAGCCUAUAAGGUAAGUUAAAGCCCACUUAUUCUGUACAUCCAUUUCAUGCUCAGGUCUCCUUGAAUGAGAAGCAGAUCAGCCUGUGUGUUGCCAAAUUAUGUAAUUGUUUGUUGCACAGCACAGAUCACAGAGAUUCUAAAAGCUGGGAGUUUGGAUUCAACAUGUUUUAUAAUCUGUCUGCAUUUCUUAGGAAGGAAUGGAGGAAGCUACCGAUGGGGAGGUCACACUGGCUGAUCAGUAAGUCUGUGCAGGGGGUUGUAGCUCUGGGAUUUAAUAAUAAUAUUGAUAGUAUGGAAGAUUAUAUCAUGGACUGUAAAGUUAAUUAAUUAUUGUAAGUUAUUUAGAAAUGGAUGGAUUAAAGGAAUGGUGUGCUGUCACAGAGUUACCAAAUUAACUCUUAAUUAGUGAAUAAAUAUCCAUUAAGGCUGAUGGGGGUACAUGAAAAGUGUUGAUCUGUAGUAUGGAGCAUUCAUAUCCUGCAGGAGGGAAAUCAACCAAUGAGACAUCACAAAGGAAUUGUCUUGAUAAAAACACUGACUGCCCCCCUGCAGGGCAUGCAAUGCUGCAAUAUACCCAGGGCAACACUUUUAAUAAACUGCCCAUCAGCAUGGAGGAGAGAAAGAAGUGCAGAAUAACCGGUGGAUUUGUUCCAUUUGUCACUGACCCAUCUGACUAUUUAAAGGGGAACCCCAGACCCCUAAAGCACUUUAUCUCGCUGAGAUGCUUUAUGUGUGGAGAAUACGUCCUCUUUUUAAAUUUUACAGAAAGUGCAGGUUUCAAUAGAAUUUGGCACAUUUAAAAAUGAACCUUGUUACACCCAAUGGCUGCCAAUCAGACAACCAGUCCUGUUACUUUCUGGCUGAAAAAAAUAAAUCAGUUUUUGGUGGAGAUACACUCGAGGCAGCAUGUGGCGGCUUAACUGCAGGCGCUCUGGUUGUCCAUAUAAAAGUAUAAAGAAAAUGGGAUACAGCUGGAUACCUAGAACCAAAAAUAAAUAAUAAUGCAACACUGUUGGAGGUUUGCAAUGCCCCCACUUUAUAUGGAACUCACAGACUCCAGAUGAAAAGAACGCAUUGAGGCUGCCUUCCCCCCCCCCAUGGGAGGUCUGGUCUCUCAGUCAGAAUGGUGCUUUUGGAUCUAAAUCAGGAAUCAGGUAGGUAGGUAAAAAAUGAUUUAUUGCAAAUAAAUUGAAUAAAAUAGAUAUUUUCAAAUUGAUGGUAUAUCACCGGUCCAAGGCGUUUCAUUUCUAUGGAAACUUCCUCAGGGACCACCUUUUAUACAAUCAUAAAAACAUAAAAAAUAUGUCUAACAAUUUCAUGUCCUACCCUUCCGUUUCCACCCCCCUCUUAAAGGGACACUAUAGUCACCAGAACAACUACAGCUUAUUGAAUUUGUUCUGGUGAGUAGAAUCAUUACCUUCAGGCUUUUUGUUGUAAACACUGUCUUUUCGGAGUAAAGCAGUGUUUACAUUACAGCCUAGUGAUAACUUCACUUACUCAAUGCUUUCCUAUGGACGUCCAGCGUCUUGAGAAUCGCGGAAGCGCCUCUAGCGGCUGUCAGUGAGACAGCUACUAGAGGCUGGAUUAACCCUCAGUGAAAUUGGUUUUCAGCUGCAGGGUUAAAACUAGAGGGACCUGGCACCCAGACCACUUCAUUUCAUGCCUAUAGUGGUCCUUUAAGUGUAUGUAUCUGCAUGCAGUGGCGUACAUACUGUGGUCGCAGGGGUCGCAGCCGUGCGACCCCUGCGACCAGGUGCCUGCCUCCAUGUUUUGCAGCCCUGGCCCGCCCAGAGUAAGCGCGGGGGGGCCCAUGGAUUGCGUGUACGCCACUGCACUGAACUUUCCUAAUAGAGAUUCAUUGAGUCAAUUAAUCUCUAUGCGGAGAUGCUGAUUGGCCAGGGCUGUGUUUGAAUCAUGCUGGCUCUGCCCCUGAUCUGCCUCCUUGUCACUCUCAGCCAAUCCUAUGGGGAAGCAUUGUGAUUGGAUCAGGCUACCAUUUCUGAUGAUGUCAGCAGACUGCUUGUUUUUUCUGAGUCUAACAGCAUACAGAGUUACAGCUUCAGGCUUGAAUACAGUAAGAUUUUGCUAUAUUUAUGGAGGCAUGAGGGGCCUAGGGGGGCUAGAUGGUGGUAUUAACACUAUAGGGUCAGGAAUACAUGUUUGUGUUCCUGACCCUAUAGUGAUCCUUUAAAUAGGGUUCUUCCUGAUUCCUUCUGGUGUGUCUUCGUGGGUGUUGUCUUCUAAUUUACCAAUCUCUGGAGCUUGUUUCUCCUUCACACCGCUGAUCGUAAUCUUCUCAAUCUCCGCUGUGUAUUCCUCCAUGUGGCUGCUAUACUUCUGGCUUGCGUUCCAGUUUGUGCGUUCCAAAUGUUCACAAAACUUUAUUGUCCAUGUAAUUGUCCAAGCAAUCUUGGAAUAGUUUGAUAUCUAUUAGAGAGAGGAAGUUACUCAAUAGCCAUCAGCAUUUUUACUUCUUUUAAACCUUUGUUUUUUGGAUCCAAAUUUGGAUCAGAGCAAAUACCGAAACUAUACUCGAUCUAUUGUGUGCAUUUUUUUGUGUUCUAACUUUUUUUUUAUCACAGUGACCCCUUACGGCAGAUCGAAAUUCAUAGAGUAAGGAACUUGUCCACUUGGAAAUAAUCCAUAAUUCUUAACAGAAAAAUGUAUAAGUAAUAAGCCCCAAAAUAGGCUCCUUAUGACAAAAAUGAUUCGUUCUAAUGGGCAGAAAAUUAAUAUAUUGGUAAUAAAUAAAUAACAAUAAUAAUGAAAAUAAGAAUAAAAAUGAAAAUGAACAUAAAAAUAAAAUUAAAAAAAAUAAAUAUAAAUAAAUAUAAAUAUAGUAAUAAUGAAAAAUAAUAAAUAAUAAUGAAUAAUGCAAAUAUAAAAAUAUAAAUGUGAAAAAAUAUAUAUAAAUAAAAAUAAAUAUAAAAAUAAAUAGAAUUAUAUGAAUGAUAAAAAUAUUAGACUUUAUAUGUUGAGUUUUCAAUUUCCCUCUUGAAUGUCAACCCUUCUCUCUCCAUAUUGACACCAAUAUUGCAUUUUACAGAAAACAAAGCAAAUCAAUCUCUAUAUUUAAUCCCCUUGGCUCCAGCGUCUGCAGUCUAUGUAUCCAAAAGGUUUCACGUUGGGACAGAGAUCUCAAUCUGUCCCCUCCCCUCCAAUGUAGAUCAAUCUUUUCUAUUCCAAUGCAUAGUAAUUUUUUAAGAUCAAACGUGGGACAAGAAUUGCAGUGCACCGGAACCGAGUGGGACACAAGACCGUUUCUAAUGUUGUUGGCAUGUUCCAACAAUCUGACCUUUAGUAAACGCUUAGUUUGUCCUACAUAUUGUUUGCCGCACGGACACUUCUUGGGGUGAAGGGGGUUAUAUUGGCCACAUUCCAGGUUCUGUUGGUGGCCUGUACCCUCCGCUGUCAUGGACCAUCUCCUAGUCCAAUCGCUGCCAAGAAGGUGGUGGCCUCUGCCACGUCAGUGAUCUUGAUUUUCUUUCCAUCUCUGGUGACCAUAUGGGAUCCAUCUGUAUGGUAUUCCUGCCUUCUGAAGCCAUUGUGUCAUGGGUUUCAUUGUUUUCCUCCAUAAUAAGGUGGAGCGGUAUAGAUCCUGGAAGAUCGAUAUCUUAUGAGACUCAAAGUCCAUUGGUGAUGUAUUGUGACCGUCGCCGUCAUUUGCGGCUACUUUAUCUUCCACCUAAUAGGAACCUUGUCAAAAAAACAUGGCCAAAAAGACAAAACAUGGCCACCGAUAUUUUCGGCCACUGUUUGACCUUCACAAUAUGGCCGCCACAAUUUGCCUCUUGUCCUUCACAAUAUGGCCGACGGCAUCCAGAUCGGUUAUGUAAUCAUUUACUAUAUAUCCCAUGUGGCAUUGCGACCAAUUACACACCCACGUCACGUGACCAACUUCCCAAUGCUAUUUUCACUUAAUGUAACCCUCGUUUUGUAUAACAUUUAUGAUAUUUAACCUCUGUACUACACUAAGAAUAUAAUUUAAUACAUUUUAUGUACUUUAAAAAUGUUUUUAAAUAUGUUGAAUUCCGAUUGGAUAAUGCUAAUUUUGGUCCAAUUUUAAACACAGUUAUCCCUAUAUAAACUCCUAUAGCAAGGUUGAGUGUUUUUAUUCCAUUUGAUAAAGCCUGUAAAGGUGAAACGCGUAAUGGACUAUUAUGACUAUUGUGUAUUUUAACUUAUUAAAUGUUUGUUGGUCACCUUUUUGUGCCAAUUACCUUUGUUAUAUGCACUUUCCCUGGUCAUUUUUAGUUUUAAACUUCAAGUAAUCCCAAGGUGGGGAUAAUACCACCAACGCUGUGUUUAUAAAGCAGUCAGCCUGCUCUAUCCUUGUAAGUAUAAUUUUACUUCAGUUUAUUAGAGAUUACUUUAUUUUAUUGAGAGCACUAUCUGUUGCCUUUUUUAUUCCUUCCUGAGUGUGUGGACGUGGUGGACAUUUGCUGCAUAUCCUUUAAAGCGGGGAUUAUACCGCUGUACGCCCAUACAGCUAGAGCUGGCUAUAGCUCUUCUAAAUGUAAGUGUUCCAUUGUUAUCAUAUACUGUUAUCUGAUUGAAUUAUACAGUCUGCACUAUCACCUGCUCCUGUUUCCUGACUUUUAUAUCAUCUUGGUGUGAACGUGGUUGACAGCUGCCGUUUAUCCUUUAAAGCAGGGAUUAUACCGCUGUACGUCUAUACUGCUAGAGCUGGCUAUAGCUCUUCCAAAUGUGAGUGUGCCAUCGUUACCUUUUCCUUAUAUAAAAGACUGUACUCAACUAGCUACACUAUCACCUAUCCCUGUCUUUUGUCUCCCAUAUUAUCUAUGGUCAAGCUGAAUUGAGGACAGUACAUCCAAUCAAGCACUGACUUUUUCAUCUUUGGAUUAUAAAAACUUUCUUUGUGAGAAUUUGUGCCAAAUAAGUUGUACUAUUAGUGUUUACCUGUGGCACAGCCCUUCCCUUUUCUUUUGUUCUUCUUAUUAUGAAUAGCUCUCAUCAAAGCUUGUUUGUUUUGUCUUGUCCCACAACAAAGUAUUAUGUCCCUUGGGGCCAUAGGUGGUGCCUUAGGAGAUUUGGCUAUGUGGUAAGCUCCGUCGUUUGUGAAUUGCUUGGCUUGCUUUCAGGGCCAGCCUUAGGCCUUUAGGCGCCCUGUGCGAAAAAUCUUUACAGCGCCCCCCCACGUCCCCUGUCAUCCAUGUAUGAUGUAAUGUUUGUGUUGUCUGUGUAUGUGAUAGGUGUGAGAACUGCGUGAUGACUGUGUGUGAUAUUUGGGUGUAUUAACAGUGUGUGAUAUGCGUGUAUUGGUUGUAUGUGAUAUUUGUGCUGGGUUUAUUGCCUGUGUGUGAUGGUUAUUUAAUUCAGAUAAAAACAUGCAUUUAGGCCUGUGUGUGAAUGCAGAGUUAUGUGCACACAGUCUCAGAGUGAAAUGCACACAGCUAUAAAUAUACACUGUCAAAUCCACCACAUGCACAUAGUUGCAGGCAGAUAGUCACAUACACAGGAUCAGGCAAAAACACACAGGUACAGGCAGUAACACACAUACACAGUUACAGGUAGAUAAACACACACACACACACACAAUUACAGUCAGACAGCCACACACACACAUACAGUUUUACACACACACACACACAGUCUUACACACACAUACUUACAUGCAGACAGUCACACAAACACACGCAGACAGCCACACACACACACAGGCAGCCACACACACACAGAGAGCCACACACAUACGCACAGGCAGACAGCCACACACACACACACACACACACACACACACACACACAGGCACACACAGACAGACAUCCACACACACACACAGAGGCAGGCAGUCACACACAGACAGUAGUCACACACAGGCAGACAGACACACACACACACACACAGGCAGUCAUACACACAGACACACACACACACACAGGCAGACAGUCAUACACACAGACACACACACACACGCAGACAGUCAUACACACACAGGCUGACAGUCACACACACACACAGGCAGAAAGUCAUACACAGACACACACACACACACACAGGCAGACAGUCACAAACAGACACACACACAGACACACACACAGGCAGACAGUCACACACAGACACAGGCAGACAGUCAUACACACAUCGACACACAUACAGGCAGACAGUCCCACACAAACACACACACAGACAGACAGUCAUACACACACACACACACACACACACAGGCACACACACACAGACACACACACAGGCAGACAGUCACACACAGACACAGGCAGACAGUCACACACACACACACAGACACACAAAACACGCACGCAGACAGUCACAGACACACACAGGCAGACAGUCACACUCACACUGACAAUCACACAUAGUUACCUCUGUUCAUUGUGGAGGCAGUGCAGCUCCUGGAGACUGUUUGUUGGGGAAGCAGGGACUCCUUCUUGCUUUCCCUGCAGCAGUUACCCAGCACUUUUAGCUUCGCCCCGUCGAAGGAAAGCCCUGCCCCCGCCGCAAUUUUUUUUUAAAUUUGUUUUUAAAAUCCCAGCCAUGUGUGAGCUGUGUCGGCCGCACGGCGCCCCCUGCUUCAUGGCGCCUUGUGCGGCUGCACACCCCUAAGGCCGGCCCUGCUUGCUUUACUGGGAGUAGUGUAUUCACUAAUCGCCUAAUGAAGUGAGGUAGCUCUUCUAUCGCCACUGUGUCCGAGACCCCUUUUAUCUUCAGGUUUUUCUGGCGAGUUCACUUUCAGCGUACUCAAUAAAAUAGAGUAAUCUCUAUCCACUUUCAGCGUCAGGGUCGAUUGGUGUGCAUGCAGCUUCCUGACCGAGUCUCCCACUGCUGCAAGGUUGCGCUGUAGGUCGGUUAUAUAGGUUUCCGAGGUCUGAAUGCGGGUUGUGACCGCCUGUAUUUCAGACCGCACCACAGCUAUUGGAGUAGCUGUUGGAGUCUUACAAAGAUAUUCUCAAUGUCCUGUUUUGUUGCAGGGACCAUACUUGCUGGGGUAGUUGUGGCUGGGUGUCCAGUCAUGGGAGGCCCCAGAGCAUUCACAUUCUCCCCUUCUUCCUCCUGAAGGUUAGAGGCCUCAGCCUCUGCUUGCUCCAUCCCCCUUAGUUUGGGUGUGCGUUAGAGUAGUGUGCCGAUGUCUUGUACUUCUUUGGGUGUUUGUACCUGAGAUUUUUGGGUCUUCUUUCCCAUCUCUUCCGGCUGUUGGGGCUGUGUCUGCCGGGAUUCGGGUGUAAGCCAGUCUGGGUCCCACCAGGCCGCAAAGGCAUUUGUUGUGCUUUUCAGGCUGGCCGUGUGGGAGGUCUUAUUAGGUCAGCAUUUGUGUUUCGUGUCCGGCGGCUGAAAGAACGGCAUCAGUGUGUGCCUCUCCGUCUCCUAUAGCCGAUUCCAGUCCACAGGUAGGUCGAUGCUCGACAGAAAUUAAGAUUAAGGUUAGGUUGCUAUGUUAGAUGUGUAGAGCUCCAGAAAUGGCAUCUGUGCUGGCUCGUUGCUAAGUUCUGGUUCUGUGCACGGAGACUGUUAAUGUCUGUCUUAUUACAUACUGUUUCUUCUAUUAGAAUUACAUUUUCUUUUUAAAGGCUGGAAUUAUUUAAAAAACAAAACAAAAAAACAGCAAGCAAAAUGUUUAAUAUUAUUUAAAAUAUGACAAGUACGAUAAUAUUACCAUAUAAUGAGCAUAUACUAUGAGAUACCAGCAUUGAGAGGCUUAAAAUAGCAAUACAACACACCUAUCACAAGGCCUGCUGUUUAAGGUGUGAUUAGGAAAAAUGGAUGCAGGUGGGCGGUAGUCAGAAAACCUUAUAUAUUUAUAUUAUUUCUUUUCUUACGUAAACUUACACAUGCAAGGACAAUGGUGUGUAAUUCUGUUUUUCUGAAUGGUCGGCUUAUUUAAUUUUAUCAUCGAAGGAGAUAUAAAUAGAACAGAUCGCUAAUCCCUUCAUUGAUUUCUGCCACCCAGACAACCAAUGUUUUGUUUAGUGCUCAGAAUUGAUCUGAUUGUGUGUGUUUAUAUACGAGGUCUGUAUGGAAAGUAUCCAGCCGUGUAAUAUGAAAAAUAGAGACCUUUAUUGAAGGAGAUACAAGAUAUAUUGUACAUAGGACAAUGACGCCUCAGUCCCCUCCAAAGUUGGCACCUUGUGAUCUCACACGUUCUCCCAGAGUCUCUUCCACUUUUCAAAAAACUCAGCAAAAUCCUUUGUUGGAUCCGCCAUCAGCUGCCUCGCCGUAUUUACCUGAUUUACGUCAACAGUCUGAAAUCUCUUCCCUUUCAAACAUGAUUUUGGUUUUGGGAAAAGCUAGAAGUCAAAGGGCUCCAAAUCUUUCCACAGAUUCUCGACCAUCUUUGAAGCGUUUGUGCCACACUUUUAUUUGCGCUGCACACAUUGCAUCGUCCCUGAAAUCGUUUCUGCAUUCGCGUUAUAUUAACAAUUACUGAGCUUUUUCCAGACAGACCUUCAUUAAACAGCAAUUUCAAAGAUCACAGGAUGUAAUAGUUUUAUUUUUUAAAACACAUCACCUAAAAAUAACGAGGAUUUAGUUACAGUAUAUGAUCAUGCUUUGCAUAGGCCUGCCACAACGUCAAUGUACCCCAUUCUAUAUAUGAUAUACAAUUAAAAUGCACCCUGCACUGCGGCUAAACACACAAUAUAUCGCUGGGAGCUGCAUAAACAACUCAACUAUAUAAAUUUAAAAAUCAUCGGCACUCUUCUCUACCACAAUCUUCCUGUAUUCCAAUAUUUCAGAAUUAAAAUGAACGUUUCAGCUCCCAUUUGAAACUUUCGUGUGUGAGUUUGUGUAUUUAUGUAUAAUAUAUAAAAUCACUAGUCUAACAAGCAGUUUGGGGAUAAUAAAUUAACAUUAGUAAUAUGAGCUAACCGUACUGCAUACUGUGACCACAUUUAAUUGCGGAAAUCUCAGCAGUGCAAAUCCAUAUUGUUGGUGUGUCUGAGUGUAUAACAGAGCUCCACAGUAAUAAUACUCCCAGUAAUGUGUCUGAGUGUAUAACAGAGCUCCACAGCAAUAAUACUCCCAGUAAUGUGUCUGAGUGUAUAACAGAGCUCCACAGCAAUAAUACUCCCAGUAAUGUGUCUGAGUGUAUAACAGAGCUCCACAAUAAUAAUACUCCCAGUAACGUGUCUGAGUGUAUAACAGAGCUCCACAGCAAUAAUACUCCCAGUAAUGUGUCUGAGUGUAUAACAGAGCUCCACAGCAAUAAUACUCCCAGUAAUGUGUCUGAGUGUAUAACAGAGCUCCACAGCAAUAAUACUCCCAGUAAUGUGUCUGAGUGUAUAACAGAGCUCCACAGCAAUAAUACUCCCAGUAAUGUGUCUGAGUGUAUAACAGAGCUCCACAGCAAUAAUACUCCCAGUAAUGUGUCUGAGUGUAUAACAGAGCUCCACAGCAAUAAUACUCCCAGUAAUGUGUCUGAGUGUAUAACAGAGCUCCACAGCAAUAAUACUCCCAGUAAUGUGUCUGAGUGUAUAACAGAGCUCCACAGCAAUAAUACUCCCAGUAAUGUGUCUGAGUGUAUAACAGAGCUCCACAGCAAUAAUACUCCCAGUAAUGUGUCUGAGUGUAUAGCAGAGCUCCACAGCAAUAAUACUCCCAGUAAUGUGUCUGAGUGUAUAACAGAGCUCCACAGCAAUAAUACUCCCAGUAAUGUGUCUGAGUGUAUACAGAGCUCCACAGUAAUAAUACUCCCAGUAAUGUGUCUUAGUGUAUAACAGAGCUCCACAGCAAUAAUACUCCCAGUAAUGUGUCUGAGUGUAUAACAGAGCUCCACAGCAAUAAUACUCCCAGUAAUGUGUCUGAGUAUAUAACAGAGCUCCACAGCAAUAAUACUCCCAGUAAUGUGUCUGAGUGUGUAACAGAGCUCCACAGCAAUAAUACUCCCAGUAAUGUGUCUUUGAACUACAAUAAAUGAGUUUAGAAAUCAGUCUGUGUAAAUAAGAUACAUUGUUCUUCUUCUAAAUUACAGUUAGUUCUAUAAAUUGUUAUUAGUAAGUCACAUAAAAGUUCUCAUAUCAGCCCUGCCCCUGGACACACCACAACCAGCACCCUAAAAUUAAAGUGUCCCAUCUUUAUCCAUUUGAAAUGUUGGGAGGUGUGCUGCUCCCUAUUGCUGCCACAGAGGGAGAUUUGUGGUAUCUGCAUUUAUCAUUAUAAUAAUGCGGAUUAUGGAAACUAUAAUGAAUGGCUCACUGUUUUAAGAAGAUAUUACGUUAUAAUAACCAGCCUUGGUCCCAGAGGGCACCAUAAACAUUACCAAAUCCAAAUGGUUAACAUUAACCAACUUAAUGAACAGAUUUUGUUAAACUAACCUUUGACUCUGAAAUAGAACAGUUGGUUCACUAAACACUGAGCUAUCUGAGGGGCACACAAUGAGUAUUUUGUUCUCAUUUUAUUGCUUUUCCAAAAUAAUAAAUUGAGGGCUUUCUACUUCUGUAACAGAGAAACAUGUUUAUAUUCAGCGUGACUCUGUAACCCAGAGAUGCCGUCCCCCUCCCCCUUAUCUGUAUUUCUCAAUGCUGUGUCUUCAGGCCAUCUAUAACAUAGUUCUGAUUAUGUGAUUGCUCACCAUAUGCAGAAAUUCAAUUAAAAAUGAAAUUAACUGUUACAUAGGUGUCAGAUUCCAGGGAGUUGGGAUCCACAGUCAGUUUCGAUUUUACGGUGCAGAGAUUGUUGGUAAGGAUCAAUCGAUCCACGAUCAGUGCAGGUAGUAAAACAUGCGCAGAAACCUUCCCUAAACAGAGUGUUAUGGAAUGUAGCAAUGAGACCUUUCCUUCCUAAGACACACAUCCUGGCUUCUUUUUUUCUUUAUGUGGCUCCGCGUGGGUGUGACUUUGAUGCUGGGAGAUGAUGUCAUACAUCAGUAGCCAAUCGGUGUGACUAAGAACUCGCCAGCAAACCAAGCAAAAUAUAUUUCUUCCUAUGCCUGUGCUAUCUUUCACUAUACAGUGGACUGAUGUGGGUCUGCCCUUGAAGCUCAGUGUUAAUUGCAAAACCAUCAAAUCUAAUUUCUACCUUACCGCAGACAAGGCAAAACCAAAUCCUGUCUGCAUUAUCACCAUGAGCAGCAGGGCCUAUGAAUAGGUUCCUACAAUAUUAUUCCGAGGCAUUAAAGGAGACUCAUAGAUGGUACAACAGCUGCCUCUGUGCCAAAUACUUUAUAAAACUCACAGCAUCAACGUCGCUGUCUCUGCACCUCAAACAUUAGACCUAAUAUCUGAGUGUAUUUCUGGACUCCUCAUAUCUCUCUUAUUCAGUCUUCACAAGGGCAUGGUUUCAGUGACAUAAUAUAGAUUUUCUUUAGCAUGAAGAUAUAUUGACAUUGAAAGUGUGUUUGCUAAAAGGUCAGUUUCGUCAGACAGAUGAUGUGCAAAUAAAAGGGUUUUAAAAUCUGUUGAGAUGUGAGAUAGCUGAACAUUAACAGCUUCAAAGAAAUGGACGGAUAGAGGUACAGAGAAAGAGAUAGAUGAAUCAUUUUCAGUUACAUUGCAAUUGUAACAGUAUAAAAUACUAUUUUAUGGUGUCGUGUGCUAUAAUUGAAGGUUAUUCUAGCUGUAAUGUACCGAUAACUCUUUAAUAAUUUGCUUUAACUCCAGUAGUGGCACAAUUCACAAAGACUAACACACAGACGAUCAAAAAUAAGUUGGAGGUAAUAAAAGAGCAAGUUCUCUAAAGCGUCUCCUCUUUGUUUGGUGGGACACAAUAACAGAACAGUACUUAAUACAGAAUUGUAACAAUAAAGAUCUAGAGAUGAUUAGAGGAACAAAGGAUCAGCUGUCAAACUCUUGGUGGCACACUGACAUCCGAGGUCAAGCUGAAAAAGCAGAAAGAAACACACGGUUAAAGGUUUCUCAAAGUGGAAAUAGGUCAAUAACACAGUACAUGGAUAGUCAAAUAUACAGCCAAUUAUAUGUGCAUAACUAGCCAAAAUAUCAUCGAUAUGGACAACAUGUGCAUACUGAAAAUACAGCGAAUAAUCGAAUACUAUGCGAACAAUGGAAAACAACUACAUGUCUGUUCGUCCACCCAUUGUAAAGCGCUGCGGAAUUUGAUGGCGCUAUAUAAAUAACAUCAUAAUAAUAAAGUGAAAUAAACAAGAGAUACCAAACACAACGUUCGAGAAACAGUGAAAAAAAUGAAACCACAAGAAAAAUAAAAAGAAGUAAAUCUCCAAAGGGAGGGAGGGAAAAUAUUCGCCAUUUGUCAUUACUUAAAUUAAGGUUAUAGGUACACUAAAGCGAGUAUAAUCUUCAGUUUUAUCACAUGACCGGAGGCUUCGUAUUCAUAAAGGGCGCCGUCACCUUUAAGAGCCGACAAUACGCAAAGUGUAGGGAUCUCUCGAAAAAAAGAGAACAUUCGCUUAUAUUACCUUGACUGGUCUAUGUUUGAUUUAGUAAAGAGAAUUAAAGCAAAUUAUUUAACUCCUGUCGUGGUAAAAUGUGUUCCUAUUAUUAUCUGGUAUUAAAUCCAACUGGGCGUAAAUAUCCAAAUCAGACGGCAAUCCCAUCGCUAGAUCUCAGUAUAAGCACCAUGUUUCAUUUCUAUACAGAUCAUAUGAAGUAUGACUCAUGAGAAUUGUUUGAUAACUUUCAACAAAGAGCUCCCUAUUUUCUCCAUCAGAUUCUAAAUGAAAUCUCAUCGCUCGCUACUCACCAUGUGAUACGGACAUUAAUAAUAUUUCUUUAGUAUAAUGACUUUUUCCCUUAUUAGUCCGUUUUAUUUCUGUAGCCUUUUCCUGAACUUGGGAUAAAUGACUUAAUAUGAAAGUUAUUUAAUGACAUAAUCGUUCUAUCGAUGGGAUUGACUCGGUCACCUUUUAAUUAUUUGGCGAUUUAGUUUUGCUUUAUAUUUAUAUUUACUGCUAUUAAAUUAAUAAACUGAUAGCAUUUUACUAUGGUUUAUUCAAUAAACAGUCAAUUGUAGUCAAUUGAAAACAGAAUUGUAAAAUUUACUCUAAAAUAACUAAGUUUUGGCUAUCAGUGAAAUGGAGAAUUUUUUCUAAUUCUAAUAUUUUGGAUUAAAAUCUCUGUUCUGAAGAAAUCAGUACAUCUUUACAAAAUGUUUCUAAAGACGAGCUGAAAGUGAAGCAGAUUGUAGAUGCAGGUGAUUACAUUCUGAAGGACGUGUGACGUAAGAUGUAAUAAGGAUUGAGCGUGAAUGAGAGAACGUCAAGGUUCCCAAACAGCAUCAUUUUCUGAAUUCCCAUUACAGCGCAGGUCACUUUGAUUAGCAGAGGUGACUUUGGCAGAAUGACUGAACUCAAAGGAACACAUUAAAUGUUAAAUUCUGCAAGAAAUUCGUGUGUUGUACAAGUUAAUGCCUUAAUGGUCUACGAACGCAAUUGAAUGUAAUGCAAUUGAACGUUUGUUGAUGCAGUUAUAAGGCCUCUUGUUAAGAGUAUCUGCAUUCGCACAUUUAUUCUGAAUUUAUUUAGAAAAAUAAAAACAUUGUCUUUCUUUUUAAAUAUAUAAACUCUUAAUGGGAACCCUAACUGUGGAUAUUUGAGGACCAAUGUUAUUGGGCCUUGCAGAGUUUUCGUUAAUGAUCAGUACGGCCAGAUCUGACGGGCUGCUGUUUGAUUCUUAUCCCAAAUAUCUAUAGGAUGACCUCUCAGUCUGACUCUUUAUCUCUCAAUCCAAAUUUUACUUCUUUAUCAAAAGCCAAAGUGCAUGCAGCUGAGACCAGGAUGUGCCAAUAAACAAAGCUAAAUCCUUUAUCUGUGACAGCCUGAUCGGGAGUUUAUCGGGAGUUUAUCCUGGAUCCCUUUCAAAGUGCAGAGUGACGUCAGAUAUUGCUGGUAUCUACAGGUAGAUUUGGAGCCUCUGAUAGUCAUAAUGGAUGAUUUGGCAACUUUGUUUAUGCUGGGCCAUUGAAAUCCGUCUUAUCACAUUUAGUUAAUUAGUUUACAGAAUAUAGAGGAAAACAGGGGGAUGUGGAAUUGUCAGGGCUCAAAGGAACACUAUAGUCACCAGAACAACUACAGCUUAUUGAAUUUGUUCUGGUGAGUAGAAUCAUUACCUUCAAGCUUUUUGCUGUAAACACUGUCUUUUCAGAGAAAAUGCAGUGUUUACAUUACAGUCUAGUGAUAACUUCACUGGCCACUCCUCAGAUAGCUGCUAGAGGUGCUUCCUGGGGCAGUGCUGCACAGUGUGACUGACAUUCAGUGUCUCCACCCUCUGCAUGCAGACACUGAACUUUCCUCAUAGAGAUACAUUGAUUCAAAGGAUCUUUAUGAGGAGAUGCUGUGGGUCAGAUCUGUGUUUGGCUUUUCCUGUCUCUGCUCCUGAUCUGCCUCCUUGACAGUCUCAGCCAAUCCUAUGGGAAAGCAUUGUGAUUGGCUUUUGUUCAACACAUUUGAUGAUGUCAGCCAAGCAGGCAGACAGGGGCAGAGCCAGCAGCUACAGACUUGAAUACAGGUAAGAUUUUACUACAUUUAGGAAAAAUUAGGGUGGUCCAUGGGGACUAGAUUGUGUUUUAAACAUUAUAGGGUCAGGAAUGCAUGUUUAACCAAUGUUGUUGAGCUGGAACCUCAAUGAGAAGAAGAUUUUUUUUUUUUAGUUUGGUGAAUAUGCAGUUCCUUUGUGGAUUUUGAUGUCGGAGCCAAUUUAAGAGUUUUCUGGUCAAUGUGGGUAUUACAGAGUGCAAACAUAGACCGUGUCUAGGUAUAUCACCACCGACGCCUUGUGACAAAGCUGUCCAAUUUUAUCCAUAAGCAACACGCCUAGAGUAUAAUAAUAAUCUCAAUAUAUUUCUUUAACCUACUGUAGCCUGAUAUCUAUAUCUACCUCUGCCCUAGACGUCUUUCUUCUUCGCUCCACGAGUCUAAUUUUCUUCAGGAAUCAUCAUCAUUUCAUCUCUCCUUUCUUUUCCAAUUCAACCUCCGCCUUCGCUUCCAUAUCUCCGCUCCUUCCUUUUACCGCUUCUUCUUCAUUCACUCUUCCUUUCACUUUUCAUUUCCUCCUUCCCAUAUUAUUCUGUCUUUACAUUAAUCUCACUUUUUUUACACAAAUAUUUCCAUUUCAGUCAAAUUCUCCAUUAGACCCCCCAUACCAUCUUCCUUUAACGAUCUGUAUCUCUAUCCCCCCAUUUUAAAUGGGACCAUUUUAUAUUUUCCAAGUCAGAAUUCUCUUUCAAUUGCCUCUGGUCUCCUCUCGAUCCAGUGUUCCAUCAUUUCCCCGUCCCUCUGUCCCUCCAUCCCUCGUUCUCCCCUCCACAUUUGUUUCCAUGAUGCUGUGUUUUGUUUCCAGAUCAGAAUGUCAUCCGCUGUUCAUCUACCACAUUUUAAUGUAAUGCUAUUUUACAAGAGACUAAAAAUGGCUUAUUUUAUUCCCUGGAACUGUGUUUCACAGGAAAAAUAAACUGGAUUCUAGGGGGGAAGGGAGAGUGAGCAGACAGCAAAGAAAUUAAACGUCAGAGAAAAAAAAAAAAACAACUGUAACUAAAUAAAUAGUGGAGGAACAGAUAGAAUUGGAGGUAGCAGUAUAAACCCAGGAUGGUUGACGGAUAAAUAUAAGAAUUACAAAAAAUUUUGAAUUGCAGAGUAUAACAUUCAUUACACUGUGCCCCGUAGUAUGACCAUCAAUACACUGUGCCCCAUAGUAUGACCAUCAAUACACUGUGCCCCGUAGUAUGACCAUCAGUACACUGCGCCCCGUAGUAUGACCAUCAGUACACUGCGCCCCAUAGUAUGACCAUCAAUACACUGUGCCCCGUAGUAUGACCAUCAAUACACUGCGCCCCGUAGUAUGACCAUCAAUACACUGUUUCCCCCGUAGUAUGACCAUCAGUACACUGCGCCCCGUAGUAUGACCAUCAGUACACUGCGCCCCGCAGUAUGACCAUCAGUACACUGUGCCCCGCAGUAUGACCAUCAAUACACUGUUUCCCCCGUAGUAUGACCAUCAGUACACUGCGCCCCGUAGUAUGACCAUCAGUACACUGUGCCCCGCAGUAUGACCAUCAAUACACUGUUUCCCCCGUAGUAUGACCAUCAAUACACUGUGCCCCGUAGUACGACCAUCAAUACACUGUUCCCCGUAGUAGGACCAUCAAUACACUGUUCCUCGUAGUAGGACCAUCAGUACACUGCGCCCCGUAGUAAGACCAUAAGUACACUGCGCCCCGUAGUAUGACCAUCAAUACACUGUGCCCCGUAGUUCGACCAUCAAUACACUGUUCCCCGUAGUUCGACCAUCAAUACACUGUUCCCCGUAGUAGGACCAUCAGUACACUGUGCCCCGUAGUAGGACCAUCAGUACACUGUGCCCCAUAAUACGAUCAUGAGUACACUGCACCCUGUAAUAUGAUCAUCAGUACACUGUGCCCAUAGUAUAACCAUCAGUACACUGUACCUCGUAGUUCGACUAUCAGUACACUUUGCCCCGUAGUAUGACCAUCAGCACACUGUGCCCCGUAGUUCGACUAUCAGUACACUGUGCUCGGUAGUAAGACCAUAAGUACACUGUGCCCCGUAGUUUGACCAUCAGUACUCUGGCCCUGCAGUAUGACCAUCAGUACACUGCGCCCCGUAGUAAGACCAUAAGUACACUGUGCCCCAUAGUAUUACCAUCAGCACACUGUGCCCCGUAGUUCGACCAUCAAUACACUGUUCCCCGUAGUAGGACCAUCAGUACACUGUGCCCCGUAGUAGGACCAUCAGUACACUGUUCCCCAUAAUACGAUCAUGAGUACACUGCGCCCUGUAAUAUGAUCAUCAGUACACUGUGCCCAUAGUAUAACCAUCAGUACACUGUACCUCGUAGUUCGACUAUCAGUACACUUUGCCCCGUAGUAUGACCAUCAGUACACUGCACCCCAUAAUAUGACCAUCAGUACUCUGGCCCUGCAGUAUGACCAUCAACACACUGUGCCCCGUAGUAAGACCAUAAGUACACUGUGCUGCGUAGUACGACCAUCAGUACACUGCGCCCCGUAGUAUGACCAUCAAUACACUGUGCCCCAUAGUAUGACCAUCAGUACACUGUGCCCCAUAGUAUGACCAUCAAUACACUGCGCCCUGUAGUACGACCAUCAGUGCAAUGUGCCCCGUAUUAUGACCAUGAAUACACUGUGCCCUGUAGCAUGACCAUCAGUGCACUGUGCCCCAUACUAUGACCAUCAGUACACUGUACCCCGUAGUAUGACCAUCAGUACACUGUGCCCUGUAGUAUGACCAUCAAUACACUGUGCCCCAUAGUAUGACCAUCAAUACACUGUGCCCCGUAGUACGACCAUCAAUACACUGUGCCCCGUAGUAAGACCAUAAGUACACUGUGCUGCGUAGUACGACCAUCAAUACACUGUGCCCCGUAGUAAGACCAUAAGUACACUGCGCCCCGUAGUAUGACCAUCAAUACACUGUGCCCCAUAGUAUGACCAUCAGUACACUGCGCCCCGUAGUAAGACCAUAAGUACACUGUGCCCCAUAGUAUUACCAUCAGCACACUGUGCCCCGUAGUUCGACCAUCAAUACACUGUUCCCCGUAGUAGGACCAUCAGUACACUGUGCCCCGUAGUAGGACCAUCAGUACACUGUGCCCCAUAAUACGAUCAUGAGUACACUGCGCCCUGUAAUAUGAUCAUCAGUACACUGUGCCCAUAGUAUAACCAUCAGUACACUGUACCUCGUAGUUCGACUAUCAGUACACUUUGCCCCGUAGUAUGACCAUCAGCACACUGUGCCCCGUAGUUCGACUAUCAGUACACUGUGCUCGGUAGUAUGACCAUCAGUACACUGCACCCCAUAAUAUGACCAUCAGUACUCUGGCCCUGCAGUAUGACCAUCAACACACUGUGCCCCGUAGUAAGACCAUAAGUACACUGUGCUGCAUAGUACGACCAUCAGUACACUGCGCCCCGUAGUAUGACCAUCAAUACACUGUGCCCCAUAGUAUGACCAUCAGUACACUGUGCCCCAUAGUAUGACCAUCAAUACACUGCGCCCCGUAGUACGACCAUCAGUGCAAUGUGCCCCGUAUUAUGACCAUGAAUACACUGUGCCCUGUAGCAUGACCAUCAGUGCACUGUGCCCCAUACUAUGACCAUCAGUACACUGUACCCCGUAGUAUGACCAUCAGUACACUGUGCCCUGUAGUAUGACCAUCAAUACACUGUGCCCCAUAGUAUGACCAUCAAUACACUGUGCCCCGUAGUACGACCAUCAAUACACUGUGCCCCGUAGUAAGACCAUAAGUACACUGUGCUGCGUAGUAGACCAUCAAUACACUGUGCCCCAUAGUAAGACCAUAAGUACACUGCGCCCCGUAGUAUGACCAUCAAUACACUGUGCCCCAUAGUAUGACCAUCAGUACACUGUGCCCCGUAGUACGACCAUCAGUACACUGCGUCCCGUAGUAUGACCAUCAAUACACUGCGCCCCGUAGUAUGACCAUCAAUACACUGCGCCCCAUAGUAUGACCAUCAGUACACUGUGCCCCGUAGUAUGACCAUUAGUACACUGUGCCCUGUAGUAUGACCAUCAAUACACCCAGACCUCUUGGUAAUUGAUAGAGCCCACCACCUGCGCAGACCUAGCCACCUACCUGCCACUACAGGGAUGUAAUUGCACGCAUCCAUUUCUACCACGUGAAGAAGCGAAUUACAAAAGCCUGUAGGAAUACCUCCCUUCCUGAACCACACGCUAACAUCAAAGUCUUCGCAGACCUGUUGGCUGCCAUGCUGCAGUUUAGGAAAUAGAUGUCCCUGAUCACUACCACGCUCCGAUCCAAUGAUAUCAGCUACCUAUGGGGAUAUCCGGCGAAGUUGCUGGUGCAGAAACGGAGUGAUCGAUGCCGUGGCGACGGAAACUGAUGGCCUAAAAAAGCUACAGGACUGGGGUAUACCACUACCUAUGCCUCUGGCGUCUUCACCGACUAAAGUCCCCAGACUGACAUCGGAAUAAACUCCCGCCUAAGGGCAGAAGGCCCUCCCGUGUAGGGUAUUGUGUACUGGUGCACAUUCUAUGUUCUUACUAAAGAGAUACUAAAGAGAUGCUUAUGACACUUAUGUUUCAUGCAAGCUGUACACUUAGUUAUAAUGCGCUAGAUUUUAAGGUUAGAACCCGACACUGCCCGAUUAGCAAGACCGCUCACAAGAAUGUAUAGCAGUAAAGCAGAAUGUAGAGAAAGGAAAACAUUUUUAAAAAUAAAAUAAAAAAAUUUAAAAAAAGGGGAAAAAAAUUAAUAAUUUAUUUUUUAUUAAAAAUGAAAAUAAAAAUAACGAUUGUAUAGCACUUGAGCAUAGUUACGCUUCAAAGCAGAAAACCUUUAGUUGUACGGCACCUUAAACCAAGGCACAUACUAUGCCUUAGCAUAUGCGAUGACUCAAGGUUUGUAUAUCUACUCUUCUAGGGUUAGACCUCAGAGUAGUACAUUCAGCUGUUUAUAGCCAACACCUGCUACGAUUUGAUUGCUAAAUAUCCUAGAAGGGCCCAUGUUAGCAAAACACAGGUAUACCCUGGGACGGACGCCCGCCCGCCCGCCCGCCCGCCCAAGGUGGGCAUCAUACUUAAAUACACACUAUAUAUCCUCGCUUGAGAGAGAUGUUGUGACGAGAGCAAUCUCGCCACAUUGCAUUGGAGAAGCCUGGUUGCUCGCCUGCUGCCUUUGGAUUAUGGCCCCAUGUUAAAAGACCUCUUUUCUGAAUCCAUACGCUACCUAGGCCUGACAAUCACUAAAAAUCCUGCAAACCUUAUGUCAGCAAACUAUGUUGCAGUUUGGAACAAGUGCAGUCAACUACUGAAACAAUGGUACUGGACAGACCGCAUCGUGACACUCAAAAUGUUGAUACUACCGAGGCUGCUGUACCUCUUUCGCCCUAUUCCCCUUCCGCCUCCCUCCCACCUACUUUAAGACCAUUCAGGCUGAUAUGGAGAAGUUUGUAUGGGCAGGAGGCAAAGCCAGAGUAGCCGCGAAUGUCUUACAGGCCCCCCAGAAACAGGGAGGUUUAGCAUUACCUAAUGUCCAUGGCUACUAUUACGCGGCAGUACUAGCUGCUGCUAUCCCCCACAUAAUCUCUGAACCCAAACCACCGCUCCCUAGAGCGAGAUCAAUUAGAUAACCAUGAAAACCUGCACCUGCUUUGGACACCAUCGCAUCUCAGGCCUGACUUGCCGACACUUCCCCCCAGAUACUGCUGUUGUUUCAAAUCUGGGAUAAGUACAGACCUAGGUUAGGCAGUACACCUAGCCUCUCCCUGGCAUCCCUCCUAAAGGCCAUACCCUACAUCAUCCCAACAUUUAAUGCCCUACUGUGGCACCGAGGAGGCGCGAUGCACCUAUACCACCUAUUUGAUGCCCAUAAACUACUAGACUACACGAGCCUAGCCGACAAAUACGCACUCCCACAGUCCUCGCAGUACUCGUACCUCCAGCUACACUCCUAUAUCUCUAAAGAAGUGAAACGUUUCUUAGACACCUCUAGAGAUGCUAAUAGGUUACCUGCAUGGGAACAAAUGUGUAUAGGUUACAGUUAGUUAUACUGGGUAGGUUUAUAUUAUUAACGGGACACUCCAGGCUCCCACACACAUUAGAUGCACUGUGUAGGUUAGGUUACAGUUAGUUAUACUGGGUGGGUUUAUAUUAUUAAAGGGACACUCCAGGCUCCCACACACGUUAGAUGCACUGUGUAAGUUAGGUUACAGUUAGUUAUACUGGGUGGGUUUAUAUUAUUAAAGGGACACUCCAGGCUCCCACACACGUUAGAUGCACUGUGUAGGUUAGGUUACAGUUAGUUAUACUGGGUGGGUUUAUAUUAUUAAAGGGACACUCCAGGCUCCCACACACGUUAGAUGCACUGUGUAGGUUAGGUUACAGUUAGUUAUACUGGGUGGGUUUAUAUUCUUAAAGGGACACUCCAGGCUCCCCCACACGUUAGGUGCACUGUGUAGGUUAGAUUAGUCAGUUAUACUGGGUGGGUUUAUAUUAUUAACGGGACACUCCAGGCUCCCACACACGUUAGAUGCACUGUGUAGGUUAGGUUACAGUUAGUUAUAUUGGGUGGGAUUAUAUUAUUAAAGGGACACUCCAGGCUCCCACACACGUUAGAUGCACUGUGUAGGUUAGGUUACAGUUUGUUAUACUGGGUGGGUUUAUAUUAUUAAAGGGACACUACAGGCUCCCACACACGUUAGGUGCACUGUGUAGGUUAGGUUACAGUUAGUUAUACUUGGUGGGUUUAUAUUAUUAAAGGGACACUCCAGGCUCCCACAUACGUUAGAUGCACUGUGUAGGUUAGGUUACAGUUAGUUAUACUGGGUGGGUUUAUAUUAUUAAAGGGACACUCCAGGCUCCCACACAUGUUGGGUGCACUGUGUAGGUUAGGUUACAGUUAGUUAUACUGGGUGGGUUUAUAUUAUUAAAGGGACACUCCAGGCUCCCACACACGUUAGAUGCACUGUGUAGGUUAGGUUACAGUUAGUUAUACUGGGUGGGUUUAUAUUAUUAAAGGGACACUCCAGGCUCCCACACACGUUAGAUGCACUGUGUAGGUUAGGUUACAGUUAGUUAUACUGGGUGGGUUUAUAUUAUUAAAGGGACACUCCAGGCUCCCACACACGUUAGAUGCACUGUGUAGGUUAGGUUACAGUUAGUUAUACUGGGUGGGUUUAUAUUAUUAAAGGUACACUCCAGGCUCCCACAUACGUUAGAUGCACUGUGUAGGUUAGGUUACAGUUAGUUAUACUGGGUGGGUUUAUAUUAUUAAAGGUACACUCCAGGCUCCCACACACGUUAGGUGCACUGUGUAGGUUAGGUUACAGUUAGUUAUACUGGGUAGGUUUAUAUUAUUAAAGGUACAAUCCAGGCUCCCACAUACGUUAGGUGCACUGUGUAGGUUAGGUUACAGUUAGUUAUACUGGGUGGGUUUAUAUUAUUAAAGGGACACUCCAGGCUCUCACACACGUUAGAUGCACUGUGUAGGUUAGGUUACAGUUAGUUAUACUGGGUGGGUUUAUAUUAUUAAAGGGACACUCCAUGCUCUCACACACGUUAGAUGCACUGUGUAGGUUAGGUUACAGUUAGUUAUACUGGGUAGGUUUAUAUUAUUAAAGGGACACUCCAGGCUCCCACACACAUUAGGUGCACUGUGUAGGUUAGGUGGAGUUGCUGUGGCGCCCUCCCAGAGUAAGUAGUCAAACUGUUUAAAAAAACGUUUGAUAACUUAUCAAGGUCUGCCGGGUUAGGGGUUGUAGUGUGCGUGUGUGAGAGGGGUGCAGUGUAUGUAUGGGGAAGCAAUUUGUAUAUUGGGAGCAGUGUGUUUGUGUGUGUAAAGGGUGUAGUGUGUGUAUUGGGAGCAGUGUGUUUGUGUGUGAGUGGCGCAGUGUGUUUUUGUGUGAGGGGUGCUAUGUGUGUAUGGGGGGCAGUGAGUGUAUUGGGGCUGUGUGUGUAUUGGGGGCUGUGUGUAUUGGGGGCUAUGUGUAAGGGGCUGUGUAUGUAAGGGGCUGUGCUGUGUGUGUGAGGGGGCUGUAUGUGUAAGGGGGCUGUGUGUGUGAGGGGGCUGUGUGUGUAAGGGGGGCUGUUUGUGUGUGUGUGUGUAGGGCUGUGUGUGUGGGGGGCUGUGUGUGUGAGGGGGCUGUGUGUGUGUGAGGGGCUGUGUGUGUGUGUGUGUGGGGCUGUGUGUGUAAGAGGGGGGCUGUGUGUGUGAGGGGGCUGUGUGUGUGUGUGUAAGGGGGACUAUGUGUGUGUAAGGGGGGACAGUGUGUGUAAGGGGGGGCUAUGUGUGUGUAAGGAGGGGCUGUGUGUGUAAGGGGGGCUGUAUAUUUGUGUGUGGUGUAGGGGGUUAUAGUUUGUGUGAGGGGAUAGGGGGCAGAUUAAAGAUAAAAAAAAAUUAUUAUUAAAUAACUAAAUAAAUAAAUAUAGAUAAUGUCCCCCCUCCCUUCUUACUUUUGCUGAGGGAGGGGGAGACAUUGCUUUCUCUUCCAUUCCCUGGUGGUUCUAGUGGUGGAGUGAACUCUAACCUGCAGCUCAGGCUAGAGUUCACUCUCGCGAGCAUGGAGUGUUGCCAUGGUAAUAGCUCCCCCGGGUUCUCUCUCUCACUCCCUCCCCUGCCGGCCGCCCAGCAAUCUGCCUGUGGGCCGGGGAGGGAGAUCACUGAUCCGUGAUGGCAAACAGCAGGCCUGGUGCUUGGAUAGCACCAGCCCUGCAUGGGCCGGCAGGGGAGAGCCUCGGGCAGCUAUAUUUUCUCGGGGGGCAAUUACUGGGUGGGUUCUUAUUAUUAAAGGGACACUCCAGGUUCACACAACAAAAUGUUUUGUAUUAAAUUAUCUUUCCUCUUAAUGUGUGGUUUUUCUUUUCUUCCAGAUGGGAAAUGGAUCCGAAUCCUUAGAAUUUCAUUCCUCAAUAUCGGAAAACAACGAUAUCAUUUUAGGUGUUCUCUAUUCUGUGUUUGGUAAUGUAUUUACAGUAUUGUAUUGUUUUUGACAUUCUGCACAUUAUAAAUUCUGUGUAUUCAAAUGAAUUUUCUAAGCACCAAAACAACUGUAACUUAACAAAACAGUUUUGGUGUAUAGAUCACGCCCCUGCAGGAUGCAGGAGAUAAAAAAAAAAUUCUAUAGUAAGUUAAUACGUGAUUGGAAACUAUUUUGUUUCAUGCAGGCUGAGUGAGUCACAGCCAGGGCAGGUGUGGCUAGGGCUGUAUAAACAGAAACAAAGUGAUUUAGCCCCUAAAUAUCAGAUACAUGAGCAGUGAUACUGCAGGAGCGUGAUCUAUACACCAAAACUACUUCAUUAAAGAGACACUAUAGGCACCCAGACCACGUCAUCUCAUUGAAGUGGUCUGGGUGCAGUGUCCCUGUCCCCUUAACUCUGUAGCUGAAAAAUUGCAGUUUUACAGAAAUGUUUACAUUGUCGGGUUAACACUGCCCCUAGUGGCCGUCUCCCAGUUUAAUUCUGUGUAACAACACUUGACGUCCUCACACUUUGCGUCUUGCAAAUCCGAAUUGGAAAGCAUUGAUUUAAUUCUCGCUAGUUCAGAAUCAGUCCUUUUGUACAUGUUUUUAUUCCUAACAUUAUAUAGUGCUCCCUUAAGCUGACGUUGUUUUGAUGGCUAUAGUAUCCCUUUAACUUGUAUCAUUCUUUAAAUUGGUGGAGUUCUAAUUGAUCCCAGAAUAUUCCUCCAUUGAAUUGUAAAUGUAUCCAGAUAGGCAUCUGUCCUUUAAAACGCUCAGCCGACGAGCUUGAAAUGAGCUAUUAUCUGCAAAUCUAUUUGUAAACAGAUCACUUAAAAUUUCUAUUACAGAUAAUGUACCUGUGUGCAGAUGUUAUGUUAAAAAUAGUUUGUCAAUGCCUGCACCAUUUCAAUUAGUAGCGUCUGUCUCCCUUGCUACGAGACUAGAGAAAGAGGUCGUACAUUCGGCAACUAUAAAACGGUUAAUGUGAGCAGGUUCAUAUAGCGUGACUCAGUCUGUAACAGGAAAAUAAACAUGAAGAAAAAGAAGUUGUAUAACAGCAGAAUGUCUCAUGAUGGGUUUUGCAGAAAUUAGUCACAGGAAAUUUUUAAAAUUUUUUUGAAUUUCAGUAGGGUCAAACUUCCUGUAAUCCCCUCAAAGCCGCAGCAGAUUCCUCUGUGUAUCUGAGUCUUGCUGCUACAUCCCCCCCACCCCCCAAUACAGGAAUUUGUUAUUGAUUACAUUUAACCAUACAUUGAUUGAUUAAAAGGAAAAUGUAACUUUUCUGAAUAUCACACGCUUAAAAAAUACAUUGGAAAUCACCUAAAACACGUGUUAACCUUUUUUCCCUUUCCUUUUCUUAGUGAGAUGCUCUGUUUUCUUUUAAAUGUAUAUUACAAUAUUGGCUAAUGACAUCACAAUCCAGUUCAGUCCUGGCACAGCCAAGGCACAGAAUGCAUUGGAAGAGGAGAAAUAGAAAUAUUGUAUGUUUCUCCUCUCUCUACGCUCUCUCAGUGCUGACUGACAGGUAGAAGGGGCAGGGCUUAUAAGAAUGACUGACUGACAGGGAGAUAAGAUGGAGGCGCUUCGAAUAUAGAUAAAUACAGAAGUGCUGAUUUCUACAUUUAAUUUAAUUUUUCAGACACCAUAAACUCUUUUUUUGUUUUUUUUUAAAUGUAGCUCUCCUGGGGAGAGAGAGUUAUCCUUUUAAUUCAUGGUUGUUUUCCUAUUUUUUGUGUUAUAUUUGAGGUUUAAUGGCUUUGCAGUUGUAAGCGCUAAUCUGAGCUGUCUUCGCGCAGGUCUCUUUUCGCUGUCCGGAAACUCAGUCCUGUUAUUGGUGGCGUAUCGGAAACGAUCUAUACUCAAACCUGCUGAAUUCUUCAUUGUCAACCUUGCAAUUAGCGACCUCGGCAUGACCCUCACUCUGUUUCCAUUGGCCAUUCCUUCGUUGUUUGCGCACAGGUAUUUCAUUGGCUAAUGAAGGGCGACCAUGGAUCUCUCAAAUCCUAAUUGUUACAAUUUAUCACACUGAUUAAACCUGUGUAUUUAAUGGUGAUCACAAUAAUACAUUUAUUAAAUAAAUUGGUUUCACACUGAACCUGUCUUAGGGCGACUUCUGCAUUUAAACAGUAUUUAAGUCAAAGAAAAUAAUUUAAUAAACUUGAUUUUUAUUUAUUUGUUUAUUUCUUUCUUUUUGCAUUUGAACUGACAGCUUAUAUUAAAUAAUUCAAUACAGUAGUAGUGUACAAACUGGAGGGCAAGAGGGUGACAAAAUGACAUCGCCGUAGGGUGAGGGGACCAGGGCACUCUCUACACUUAAUAAAAAUUCAUUUAUGGUGGUCUUACUGCAGUUAAUCAUUAACCCUGGUAGUCCGGUGAGGUGUAAUAAUCACCGUUGGUCCAGCAGUAGUUAGUAAUAAAUCCCUGGUGGUCCGAUGGGGUGUAAUAAUCCCGAUUGGUCCAGCAGUAGUUAGUAAUUACUCCCUGGUGGUCCGGUGGGGUGUAAUAAUCCCUGUUGGUCAAGCAGUAGUUAGUAAUAAAUCCCUGGUGGUCCGAUGGGGUGUAAUAAUCCCGAUUGAUCCAGCAGUGGUUAGUAAUUACUCCCUGGUGGUCCGGUGGGGUGCAAUAAUCCCGGUUGGACCAACAGCAGUUAGUCAUUACUCCCUGGUGGUCCGAUGGGGUGUAUCAAUCCCGGUUGGCCCAGCGUCAGUUAAUGAAUCUUUGGUUGUCUGGUGUGGACCUAUUGGCCUCCACGUUCCUGUCCAGAAUUCCAGAAUUCAUACCGCCCAAUGUGGCACCCAGACCAUUUCAUUGAGAUAAGGCAGUCUGGCUGCCUAUCGUGUCCCUUUAAACAGCUUCUUCACACUAAAAAUACAAUAUGACUUCAAAUAAAUGAAUAAAUACAGAUUAGACUCGAGGGACGGAUCACAUUAUUAACCAACCCCAAUUUGGCUAUUUUGUCAUAAAAUUUGAAAUAUCCUGAGCAUUCUCACUUUCAUAUGCACUUCAAGCAUCGUAACAUAAGGCGAUGAAUUUAAUUUAUGUUACUUUGAUAAAUGGGAAUAAAAAAUGUACGCAGUAAAUAUCUUCGGCAAAUAGUGUGUUUGAAUGACACAGUGCAUUUAAAUUACCAAUGUGUGUGCUGACGCUGAAUGCAACAACUUGACGCAUUUAACACAGGGAAAAUUGUGUCUGUCUGACAGCUUAGGUAGGUUGACCGAACUGCAAAAAAUGGGUGUAUGUCAGAAAAGAAAGGUAAGACUACAGGGACAUUGUAUGGACUAUAACCACAUGAUUACGCUGAAGUGGUUUUGGUGCUUAAAUUGGCCCUUUAAGGUGACACAUGCCUCACUAGACCAGACACGCUUUGGCUCCACUGGCCUCGGCUCUAAUUGGGAUUUAUUCUAAUUUCAUCAAACGAUCCUGAACUCCAAGAAGUACAUUUAUUUGCCCGGAUGAAUUAGGAUGCAGAUUCUGUGAUUGCAGCCUGAUAUCCCCCGAGACAUGGAAAUUAAUCUGCAAACAUGCUGGCGCUAUCAGGAGUACGUCACUUGCUGCCUCUAGUACAAACUGAAAUAGUAAACGUUCGCUAUUAGUUGUUGUGUUGAGCAUUUUUAAUGUAAAACCUCAUAUUAAAUUUGUUUAAUCAUAUGCUUUAAUGCACAGAGACGAACGUGAUACAAAUUAACUUUAAUUCUCUGGAUCCCUGGUGGAAACACAAGCUCAAAAUUGUCUGGGAAUUCGUUUUCAUAGCAUGAGCGCUCUCCCGCGUCGCGCACCAUCACCCACCAUCACUUCUCCGUCAGAUCUUUAGCCAGAAAAGCAAUGUUUUACAAGUUAAUGUGCAGCAUGUAAAGGGUGAAAUUAUCGCUAAGCAUUUAAUAGAAUGUCUUUGUCUCUCCUCCCCUUCUAGGUGGCUGUUUGAUAAAGUCACGUGUAAAUAUUACGCCUUCUGCGGCGUGCUAUUUGGCCUGUGCAGUCUCACUAACCUCACAAUGUUGAGCACGGUUUGCUGUAUGAAGGUUUGCUACCCAACUUACGGUGAGUUUCAUUUUAUACCUUUACACAGUAAAAAUAAAGAUACUUCUGUAUGUGUUUAUUAUUUACAGGGAUCUAAAAUAUGUACAUGGCAAUAGCUUGGUGACCCAGUCGUUUAAAAUAAUACCAUACCUCCCAAGUGACCCUGUUUAGGAGGGACAGUCCCUAUUUUGUGGCUGUUACCUCCCCACCCUGAAUUCAUGUUACUGAUAGUGAGAGUUAUGUGUGCUUACCAGGGCACUUACCGUAUGUAUCCCUAACUAUACAUUUAGCAAUGAAUCACACACAUAUCUGGUCACAUGUCCUUGACACAGCAGCCAUUUCUUCAACAAGAUGACAUUCGCGGAGGCUGUACCCAAAAGUUAAAACCUUUAUUUAUUUUCAAAACAGAAUAUUGAACCCAUUGAGGAAUAUUUAUUUUUACUUUCUGUGUUCUACUUAAAGGGUUAACAAGAAUCUAAUAGUUAAAAAAUAAAAACCAUUUUUGAGGUUAUAAAUACACCCCCCCCCCAAAUGUAGCCCAAUAACUACUGAUUAGAGAGGGAAGGCUGGCUCGCCAAUUGUGAAAUAUUGUACUGUCAAUUAACAUAAUCAUUUUAUGGUUCGCUUCUUACCUCCACCUCAUUAGCCGGCACUUGUAAUGAACGGAAAUAUUUCAGUUCUCCAGAGAUGGGAUCUGAUGAUGGCUGCACUGUCAGAAGAUGUAAACCAAAUAGAAAUCAGUAAUGGUUUAUACCAAUUAAACAUUGCAUUCAUCGUUAAUGUGAUUAAUUAGAAAGCUAUUGAAAUGCAGGUGCACCGAGAAAUCGCAAUUAAUUAACGUCCUAAUGCCUUCCUGCAAUAUAGCAUUCUUUCAUAUUGGGAAGAAUUCUCAGAGACUUGGCGAUUUGACCGAAUUGGGCUGAUCCGGUGCAUUUCCAAAUUUCACAAUAGCCAGAAUACCCAAAUGACAAUAGCCAGGCCAAUUCACUUCAUUCGGAAUUCGUUUUGUGGAGCUUACGGCUAGUAGCCACUGCCACUUAACACCGGCUUUGGAGCACUCAUUUACAGUUUGAGUGGAUGUAGUUUUUUGUUAAGGGGAUACUAGAGACACCCUUUCCCCUUCAUUUUUAAGCUUCCCUGGCAAUGUUUGUUUCGAUCUGAAUUUUCAAACCUUAAUACAUUUUUUUAGAACCAAAACUUUUUACUGCACACAAGUUUAUUUCUUCCAAAUAAUAUAACCAAUGAAGGACAUGUUACCAAUCUAAAUAUAUAAUAUAAGAAUACAUUUUACCGAGCUAGGACCGUGUGUAUCAUUUUUGGCACCUGUCUAUAAAGGUUAUAGGUCCCCAUUCUAGGUGGACAUGUCUGGACUUGGUUUUGGAUCCAUGUUUGAUGUCACACCUUCCCCAAUGUUUAUAUAAGAGUGAAUAAGGUGAUACUAUUGGGCCCCAGCUGUAUGUUAUAUUGGUCUGGCAAACUCCUGUGCAAUACAUGGCAUUCAAUAUACUAGCUAUAACAUUGUCCGUUGCUUUAUCCAGGAAAUAAAUUCUCUUUGUCACAUUCCCGAAUCCUGCUACUUUGUGUCUGGGCCUAUGCAUUCGUAUUUGCAACGGCUCCAUUGGCUGAUUGGGGGAGUUACGGACCAGAGCCAUACGGUACGGCUUGCUGUAUUGACUGGAAAGCCUCAAACCGAGAACACAGGGCCAUUUCCUACACAGCAUCCCUGUUCGUAUUCUGUUACAUCAUUCCCUGCUCCCUGAUACUUGUAUCCUACACCCUGAUACUCCUGACUGUAAAAGGCUCCAGGAAAGCCGUACGGCAGCAUCUCUCCCCCCAAACCAAGGGAAAUGGCGUCCACUGCCUGAUUGUAAAGGUUUGUAACUUUCAUUAUUGAACGUAGUAUGUGUUUAGAUCCUGGAUGGAAUGAGAAGGGAGCUGGGGAGAUCUAGAUUGAAGGCAAAUCCAAAUAGUGCUUUUAUUCAGUUGGCUAAUUCACCAGUCUCUGUGAGGUGUUUCAAAUUCAGGGCUGCAGGUUUCAUUCCCAGCUGUGUCUGUUCGAUAUUUUAUUCUUUCAAUCAGUCAUCAAUAAUAAAUGUAUACCCUGAAUAUAUUAAAAAAAAACUAAUAGAAAAUCUUAUUGUAAUCCGUAUGUUUAAGAAAGAUGGUUCCUAUCGAUAAUUAAAUUUGACCAGUGACAUGUUAUUCCUAAACUAUGAAUGCGCAUGUUAUCUAAGCAGUGUUAACAGUAGUGUCUGAUAACAAACUUCCUUUCUGAUAACAUAACCUCCUGUAUGGAUCAAGAGAAAGCUUAGUUUUACGUUGCUAGGAUUGUCCUUAUUUGAAUAUCAGCAUUCUCCUUGUGUGAAUGAAGGAUUAAAUUCCACACUAUUUGUAUAUUUUAAAAUGAUUCACUAAUAAAUAAAAAUAGCUAAUUCCUAUUCUAACUCAGCUGGGAAAUAAUUCCUUAUAUCCACCUCAUUUUCUGUGAAAUAAUAUGAAAACACUUUCUUUUAGAGAUGUGUAACGGGGAACAAAAUUGUUUCGACUUGUUAAUGUUCUAAUUUCAAUUUGUCUCAAAUUCAGAAAAUAUCGAUUUAGACUAAUCAAAUUUUCUCUAAAAAAAUGAGUAAUUUCCAAAAUUGAGACACCCACCAUUCCCUAUGUGGAAUGAAUAAAGGUGGCAAGAAUCGCUAAUUUGCGAUUCUUGCGUAAGAUUGACGUAGAGUUACCAAAUACCAAAUAAGAGAAAUAUUAACUAAACAGCACCAUAAUUUGUGUGCAAAUCCCGUGUAUGGGUACCAGUUUAGUGACCUGUUAAACUGCCGAAAGAUCAAAAUUUGGAAAACCCUUUAUCGUGUGCCCUCCAGCUGUUUAGUAAAUAACUUCCUAGUUUGCUAUCCUCCUCAAAAGGAAUGGAUCUGAAAUAAAGAAGGGCGAGGCGAGGGAGGUGCGGGUGGACAGGAAAAUGGGCCUCAAUGCUAUAGACUAUAACAGGGCAAGUAGAGAACACGUAAGACCACUGAGAAGUAGUCAAGUUGAGAGGGGAUAGCAGCAUGGACCAGCACCUUAGCUGCAUCCAGUGUUCAAAAGGGGCGGAUGCGGCAUUGACUUGGAGGGAGACAGACACACGAGUAGCAACACUUGAGGGAGGGAAGGCCAGAAUUUUUGUUAUGUUUAAGGAAGUGAGCAGCCAUCCAGUUAAAAAUAGCAGAGAGACAGUCAGAGACAUGAGUCAAGAGGGACAGAGAGAGAUCAGGAGAGGACAGAUAGAUUUGCGUGUCAUCUGCAUAUAAAUGAUAAUGGAGCUGAUGAGUUUACCAAGGGAGCCAGUAUAGAUAGAGAACAGCAGGGGAACCUUGGGGAACGCCCACAGAGAGAGGUUGGGAGGAAGAGGCAGAGCCAGAAAAAGAAACACUGAAAGAGCACUGGGAGAGGUAGAGGAGCACCAGAAAAGAGCAAAGUCUCAUAAAACGAGAUUACAGAGGAUGAGCAGAAGUUCAAGUUAUUGAAGAUCAACAGUGUUAAAAGCAGAAAAAAGGCCUAGGAGAAUUAGGAGAGAAUAGUGACCACUGGAUUUAGCCGUAAUUAAAUCAUUGGAUAAUUUGGACAGGGCCUUUUUACCAGGGUGACGUGCAGAAUCCAGAGUGAAGUGGGUCAAGUAGAGAGUUGGAUUCAAGGAAGUCUGUCAAUCAUGCAUACACAACGUCGCAUACCUCUCAAGGAUCUUGGAGGCAAACGGCAGUAGUGAGAUAGGGCGGUAGUUGGAUGUGGAAUUAGGGUCAAGGUUGGGUUUAUGGCUGCAUGCUUGAAGCAUUAAGGAAAUAUGCCAGAGGAGAGGGAGAGAUUGAAUAGUUUAGUGAAGAGCAGAGCAAUAGAAGGAGACAAAGCGCGACUGAGAUACGAUGGAAUAUGAUUGAUGGAACACGUGGAGGGGUGGGAGCUCCUGAGCAGAGCAGUUGUGAGUGAACAUAGAACAGAGGAGGGAGCAGGGUUUGGGGACGUUUUGGCAUGAGUAAGAUAAAGUAAGAUAUACAUGGGUCAGCCCGGCGUUAUACGGUGGUAGAGGCUGGUAAUGUGGUGAUAUCCUCAAUUUGAGGAAUGAAACAUUUACAAGACACAAGUUAAAACUAUAAAGCUACUAGCAAAUUGACUUGCGUAAUAAAAGGCCUUGUUUUAUUUCUUUUUAUUUCUUGCCACCUUUAAGUCACAUUGUUCUUUUUUUGUAGCUGAGUGUUGCGGUUUGUAUUGGAUUUCUGUUGGCCUGGACGCCUUAUGCCAUAGUCGCCAUGUGGUCAGCGUUUGGAGAUGCAGCACAAGUGCCACCAAUGGCGUUCGCCCUGGCUGCGGCAUUUGCCAAAUCUUCAACACUCUACAACCCUAUGGUGUACCUUCUACUGAAGCCCAACUUUCUAAAUGUUUUAACUAAAGACCUGUUGGUGUUUCAGACCAUGUGCUCGAUGGCUUGUGGAAGCUGUAAGUCAUCAGUUUGGAGACCUCAAUGUAUUCGCACAGAGGGCAGGAGCUCGGCAAAGCUUGCAAGCCAUUUUAGGGAAAGUCAAAGAACGAACAGUAGCUGUACUGAUACAUUCGAGUGUUUCCAUAACCACCCGAGGUGCUGUAGUGUGGGGCCCAUUGAGGUCAGUCCACCAGUAGCUAUGUCUAUGGUCAAAAACCCAACUAAUAACUUUGGAUCAGCAUCAGCUGUACGCCUUGUGGUAUAUUCCUCAAGGUCUAGAUCAGUUGAGGAGACUAUCGAGAAACCAUUGGGCUCAUCGCCACCAGACUUUAUGUAAGACUUUAUCUGAACAUCUGGAAAAUAUCAAUGAUCUUUUAGCAUUUUAAAUACUUUUGGCCAUUGCCUCCGGAUCAAAUGGUUUUAGGUGGACUAGGUUUCAAGAAUUUACAUUCACAAGACUGAAUGAGUCAAUCUCUGUU